UCCGACAUCCUUUGAUCUAAGAUCCAACGGUUGUCGGCCGUCGAUUAGAGAUUUUUAUGUUCCCCAGCUUUUAUAGAAUUUACGAUUAUUAUUUCAUCACCCACCAAAAGAUUUUACCUUUUUGGCCAAAUCAGAGAGAUUUUUUGAUUUUUUUCAGGGUCUCUCUCUCUCUCUCUCUCUCUCCUUUCAGCAAUCAAUACACUGUGUUGAAGCGAUUUAACGGCGAUGCCUGGCGGUGGUGGCGACGCGCCACGGGAGCCCACCGCCAACGGUGGCGAAUUCCUUCUUUCUUUACUCCAAAACCCCCCUCAACAACAACAACAACAACGGCAAUCUCCAUUGCUUUCUAGAGUUACUCCUAUGCUUAUACCUCAACCGUUACAGCAGCAGCAGCUGCAACAGCAGCCGUUGCCGUUAGAUCCUGCUGUUGCGGCAGUUGGGCGGGUAUUUCCUUUGCAGUCGCCAUCUUGGCCGUCGAACGGACGAGAUCUCUCCACUCCGUGGGCGCAAACGAUUUCCUCGCCUUUGGUUCCUAAUUUUCUAGCCUUUCCACAAAACCCUUGGUCUUCCUCGGGAAAUCAAUUCGUUGGCAAUAGAGGGGAUUUAAAUGAUGAUUUGAGAAGGCUAGGGUUUCCGAGUGUGGAUAAUAACAGUAAUAAUCUGAUUCAGCAAAAGCAUCCAGAACAACAACAGCAACAGCAACAACAAAAGCUUGUUUUUGGUUCUUUUCCUAGUGAUAUUCAAAUCCUGCAAAAGCCAGAGGGUUUGCUUAAUGGGAAUUUGUUUGACAAAUCGAAUCUUGAUUUAUCGAAACCUGCGAAUUCGAGUCCAUACGCCUUUCAACAUCAAAGUGAAAGAGGGAAACAACAACAGCACCAUGUUGGGAAUUACAGAGAAACCCUAAGACCACCGCCGGGGUUUUCAGGAAAGCCUAGAGGAGGAGGAGGGAGCCGUGAUUUCGGAGCCAGGAGGAAUCAUUUAGAGCACAAUGUAGAUAAAUUAAGAGCAGAAUACAGUCAGUUGAGUAAUGAUAAUGAGAUGGGACUUCGUGGACAGCUCGAUCACCCUGGACCACCGGCAGGGAGUAAUCUGCAGUCCGGUACUGAUAUCAAAGAGUCUCUCAUGGAAUUGCAUAGGUUUGGUGGCGGCCAGGUAGAUGAAGUUGGGGAAAGGAUUGUUGAGUCAUUGUUGAUUGAGGAAGAGUCUGAGGAUAAGAAUGAUAAGAAGCACCAUCGUCACGAGAAGGAAUCCAGACUAGAUAACAGAGGCCAAAGGUUACUUAGCCAGAGAGUUAGAAUGUUAAAAAGGCAGAUGGAGUGUCGCAGUGACAUUCAUAGGCUAAAUGCACCUUUACUUGCUAUUUAUGAGUCACUUAAUCCGCCCAAAGAGGAAAAAACUAAGCAACAACAAUUAUUGGCGUCACUCGAGAAACUAGUUUGGAAAGAAUGGCCUCAAGCAAAGUUAUUUCUUUAUGGUUCAUGUGCUAAUGGUUUCGGGGUUUCAAGAAGUGAUAUUGAUAUCUGUCUUGCACUUAAUGAGGAUAUUAACAACAAAUCUGAAAUCUUGUUAAAGUUGGCGGAUAUUUUGCAGUCGGAUAAUCUUCAGAAUGUGCAGGCACUGACUCGUGCUAGAGUCCCCAUAGUAAAGCUUAUGGAUCCGGUGACUGGAAUUUCCUGUGAUAUAUGCAUAAACAAUGUAUUGGCUGUAGUAAAUACAAAGCUUCUAAGGGAUUAUGCACAGAUAGAUGCAAGAUUACGGCAGUUGGCAUUUAUUGUGAAACACUGGGCUAAAUCCAGAGGAGUGAAUGAAACUUAUCGCGGAACUUUAUCUAGCUAUGCGUAUGUUUUGAUGUGCAUUCAUUUCUUACAGCAAAGGAGACCGGCUAUCCUUCCAUGCUUGCAGGGGAUGGAGAAAACAUACAAUGUCACCGUGGAUAAUAUCGAGUGUGCUUACUUUGAUCAAAUCGAAAAACUUCUCAACUUCGGAUCUUCUAACAAGGAAACUGUUGCUCAACUGGUUUGGGGUUUCUUCAACUACUGGGCAUACGGUCAUGAUUAUGCAAAUUCAGUAAUAUCCGUUCGCACAGGAAGCAUAAUCAGUAAGCAAGAAAAGGAUUGGACGAGGAGAAUUGGCAACGAUCGGCACUUAAUCUGCAUAGAGGAUCCAUUCGAGACAUCUCACGAUCUGGGCAGAGUGGUGGACAAGUUUAGCAUAAGGGUAUUACGAGAAGAGUUCGAACGCGCUGCGGAUAUCAUGCAGUUUGAUCCAAAUCCAUGUGUGAAACUGUUUGAACCUUAUGUUCAUAGUUAGGUAGGUUAAAAAACCGUGUCUAAGUGUGGUAUAUUUUUAGUCCUAUUUGUUGUUUCUUUUUGGUUAUGGGGUCAUACUCUAUGUAUUUAAGGUUUGUCUUUUUGUCUAUGCCCAUAAAUGUAAAGAAUUUUAUCAGGUUUAAUGAAAACUUCCUUAUAUUUUGAAA